AUGAACGACGAACAAUUAAUUUUAUUGGUACAGGCCAAUGAGAGUUUAUGCAAUAAAUAUAGUUCCGGCUAUAAACUGGCGGACAAAAAAAAAAGAAUUUGGACGGAAAUUGCUGAGCAGAUGCAAUUGCCAGAUGAAAUGUGCAUAAAAAGAUGGGGAUGCUUGCGUGACAGAUUUGCGAAGGAAAAGCGAAUGGAAAACCUUCCUUCAGGCAGUGGCUCUAAAUAUAAAUCUCAGUGGCCAUUGCUGCAAACAAUGGAUUUUAUAUCUCCACAUAUCAUUCCAAGGCCCACACGUUGUUCUGUAAACAUUCUGGAUAGUACGUACACGUGUUUGGAAAUAUCGCCAUCACCGGAGUCUCAAUCAUCCUCUCCAUCUUUGCCAACAGUAGAAACUAUUUUAGAAGAAUGUGUUGAGAUAUCGUCACCAAAUAUCCCAAUAGCUCCAAAAAGAAAAAGAAAAGGCACAGAAAAUACUGACGUAGACCAAAGUUUCGUUGAAGCAGUAGAAGUUUUCAAAAGUUUGUGUGAAUCCACGUCAGGAAAGAAAAAAGAGGAAGAAAAAGACCCUCUUAUAGGAUUUUCGAAAAUGAUAAUAGCCACAAUUGCUACAAUGCAUUCAAAAAAACAGAUUGAGACCAUACAAAAGGUAACAGCAUUGGUGAUGGAAAUGAAGUUAAAGCCGGAUAAUUAA